GGGAUAUGGGGGACAGGGCCCCAUGUGCUGGGAUCCCCUCCAGUUGUGGGGCACAUGAGCGUGUCCAUCUGCAUGAUUACUGGGUGCCUGUGGGGCACAGGGCCCUGUAGGUGAUUGGGGUCCCGGGAAGCAGGUGGCCAUGAAAGACCGGGCAGGGCUGAGGGCUGCAGCUGGGGACAGCUGCCCACUGAAUGCCCUGUGCCUGCAGUACCCGUCUCUGCUGCAGUGGCUGCAGCUCCCUCCGAAGGGGCUAUGUCCAAUGGGGUCUACGUGCCUCCUAACGCGGCCAAUGGGGACGUGAAGCCGGUGGUUUCCACAACGCCGCUGGUGGACUUUCUCAUGCAGUUGGAGGAUUACACACCUACGAUCCCAGAUGCUGUCACAGGCUAUUACCUGAACAGAGCAGGAUUUGAAGCCUCUGAUCCACGCAUCAUUCGUUUGAUCUCUCUGGCUGCACAGAAGUUUAUUUCUGACAUUGCCAAUGAUGCGCUGCAGCACUGCAAGAUGAAGGGAACAGCCUCUGGCAGCUCCCGCAACAAGAGCAAGGAUAAGAAGUACACGCUGACUAUGGAGGACCUGACACCAGCACUUGCAGAAUACGGCAUCAAUGUGAAAAAGCCACAUUACUUCACAUAAAGACUGAGGGAUGUCGCUGGGAACUUU